UUAUGUCUCAUUAGGGUUUAUUUUUGUCACGUUUAGCCGGUCGGUGUGCUUCUGUUGGGUACUAAAAAUCCCAGCAUUUAUCCGGUUAUUUAGCAAACAUUAUGGCCUCUCUACUCUCAGCACGAUGCGCUGUUUCUCUGAGGAAAUCUGCGAGUCUGAUUCAUUUUAGAAGCGGAGCGCUGCUGUUUUCACGGUGCUACGGAAGCAAAACGGCUUCUUCUCCAGAGUUUCUGCACGAAAGCAUCGUGCCAUCGAUGCAUUACCAGAAGAGUUUGCCCAGACUGCCCGUACCGAAGCUUGAAGACACCAUCAGGAGGUAUUUAGCUGCUCAGAAGCCUCUGCUGGAUGAUGAUCAGUUCAGAACAACUGAGAAAAUCGCUCAGGACUUCCAAAAUGGAGCAGGGAAACAGCUACACGAGGAGCUGGUGGCUCAAGACAAGAACAACAAGCACACGAGCUACAUCUCAGGUCCGUGGUUUGAUAUGUACCUGUCUGCGCGCGACUCUGUGGUGCUGAACUUCAACCCUUUCAUGUCCUUCAACCUGGACUCCAGGAACGAGUACAACGACCAGCUGGUGCGGUCCACCAACAUGGUGUGCUCGGCCGUGCGCUUCAUGAAAACGCUGCGAGCGAGAUUACUGGAGCCGGAGGUUUUCCAUCUGAACCCGGCAAAGAGCGACACGCAAAGGUUCAAGAACUUCAUCCGCUGGGUGCCGUCUUCUCUGUCGUGGUACGGGGCCUACAUGGUGAACGCCUACCCCCUCGAUAUGUCGCAGUACUUCCGCCUCUUCAACUCGACUCGUAUUCCCAAACCCGGGCGAGACGAGCUCGUCACCGACGAGAAAGGCCGACAUUUGUUGGUCAUGAGAAAAGGCAACAUGUACGCGUUUGAUGUUGUGGACAGAGACGGAAACUUGGUGAAACCCGCAGAGAUCCAGUCGCAUCUGAAGUACAUUUUGUCCGACUCCACCCCAGCGCCGGCCUUCCCUCUGGGUGUCCUGACCAGUGAGAACAGGGACAUCUGGGCCGGACUGAGGGACAAACUGGUCGCUGCUGGGAAUGCAGAGGUUCUGCAGAUGGUCGACAGUGCUCUGUUCUGUCUCUGCCUGGAUGACGAGAGCAUGCGAGACCACAUUCACAUUUCCCACAACAUGCUGCACGGCGACGGCUGCAACCGCUGGUUCGACAAGUCCUUCAGCGUCAUCGUGACCAAAGACGGUCAAGCGGCUAUCAAUUUUGAGCACUCUUGGGGCGACGGAGUGGCCGUGCUCCGUUUUCAGAACGAGGUCUUUAAAGACACGACAGAGAAGCCGUUGGUCCACCCGGGCUCUCCUCCUGCUGCUGUGGACUCGGCCUCGGCUGUGCGCAGACUGAGCUUCAACCUGGACCGAGAGCUGGAGAGCGGCAUCGAAAAGGCCAAGAAGAACUUCGACUCAGCCGUGUCCAAACUCACAAUCGAUGCCAUGGAGUUCAAGAAAGGUGGGAAGGAGCAGUUAAAGAAGAGCAAGUUGAGUCCAGAUGCCGUCGCCCAGCUGUCUUUUCAGAUGGGCUUCCUGAGACUGUACGAUCAGACGGUGGCCACGUACGAGUCCUGCAGCACUGCGGUCUUCAGGCACGGUCGCACGGAGACCAUCCGACCAGCCUCCACGCACACCAAACUGUGUUCGCACGCUUUCGUUCACGAGCCCAACAAGCACAGCGUGGAGGAGCUGCGGGCCAUGAUCAGCGAGUGCUCCAAAUACCACGGCCAGCUCACCAAGGAGGCAGCUAUGGGUCAAGGCUUUGACCGCCACCUGUUCGCCAUGCGUUACCUGUCCAACUCAAAGGGCCAGGCUCUGCACAGCCUGUACACAGACCCGGCUUACGCUGCCAUCAACCACAACAUCCUGUCCACCAGCACCCUCACCAGCCCCGCCGUCAGCCUCGGAGGCUUCGCUCCGGUGGUGCCCGACGGGUUCGGCGUUGGUUACGGCGUUCACGACGACUGGAUCGGCUGCAACGUCUCCAGCUACCCGGCUCGCAACGUCCACGAGUUCUUACAGUGUGUCCACAAGUCUUUGGAGGACAUCUUCAAUGUUCUGGAAGGAAAGCCACUCAGCUAAGAGAGAGGUGUCCUCAGACGAAUCAACUCGUAGCUUCCAAAACUGAUUCCAUUACAGAUUUACAGACUCGUUUACUUCUGCAGAUUCAUGGGUUUUCGAGAAGAAAUGCCUUAAUGGUUAACGUACAUUUUGACUGGGAUUGUUUAUUUGAAUGGGGAUGAACUGCAGGAGUCAGAUGUUUUACUCUGUACAGCGCUCAGUCCGUCUGAGGCAGCUCUUUCAACCUUCUAUGGAAGACAGCAGCAUGGGGACACGUGCCUUUUAAUAAUGUGAAGACAAAACCGACAACUUGAUCCGUUUUAUUUAACCGUCUUGUCUGGACGUUGCUCACAGCUUUGUGA